UCAGUCGACCUCUGCCAGUUUCCAAGAUGGCGCCGUAGGCCUCGCCGUGUCGGAGGCCGGUCCCAUGGUCCCCCGGUUCCGGCGCUGUGGAGGCCCCCGGAGCUGAAGCGGUCGCCAGCACCAUGUCCCGGUUGUCUGACCCUCGUGUUCCCCGCGGCCCCGGCCCGCGGGCAUUGCUGCUCUUGCUCCUGCUGUGUCCCUGCUCGGUCUUCACCAUCUCCUUUCAUCUGCCCGUCAACUCCCGCAAGUGCCUUCGUGAGGAGAUCCACAAGGACCUACUAGUGACGGGCGAAUACGAGAUCACCGACCAGUCCGGGGGCGCCGGGGGCCUGCGGACCCACCUGAAGAUUACAGAUUCAGCUGGCCACAUCCUAUAUUCCAAGGAGGAUGCAACCAAAGGAAAAUUUGCCUUCACUACUGAGGAUUAUGAUAUGUUUGAGGCAUGUUUUGAGAGCAAGGGAACAGGGCGGACACCUGACCAGCUCGUGAUCCUGGACAUGAAGCAUGGGGUGGAAGCGAAAAAUUACGAGGAGAUUGCAAAAGUGGAGAAGUUAAAACCUUUAGAAGUUGAACUUCGACGCCUGGAGGACCUUUCAGAAUCUAUUGUUAAUGAUUUUGCCUACAUGAAGAAGCGAGAAGAAGAGAUGCGAGACACUAAUGAGUCAACAAAUACCCGAGUCUUGUACUUCAGCAUCUUUUCCAUGUUUUGCCUUAUUGGAUUGGCCACCUGGCAAGUUUUCUAUCUUCGACGUUUUUUCAAGGCCAAGAAGCUGAUUGAAUAAUGAGGCAAUCCUUUCCCACCCUAGUCUUGCAGCCAGGAGGACACCACUGGGACAUACCUGGCCUGAGCCACACCACAGACAGCACAUUCUAUCUGCUGACCCUGGAGUUUUCUUGUCAGAAUUGGCCUCAUUUGGGGUGGGGGAAAUGGGGAAAACCACCUAGACUCCAAUAUAGGCCAAUAAGGGAGACUCUUUUUAACUUGCUGGGUAGUGGGGGGUUGGGCUGAUUUUGCAACAAUGGAACUAUCAUUAAGGUCACCUACGAUUAAAAAAUAGGUUUCCCAGAUGCUGAAGCCAGCAUUGCCACUGGGUUUCCUCAGAAUGAUCUGUUUGAACCAUAUGACUUCUUUCCUUUUCCCACCCACCCAUUGCCUUGGACUUCCCAUUCUAGUUUUGUCACCAAGGUUUGUAUGACCAUAUUAACCUUGCCACAGAAUGACUUGCUGUGUUCUGAUUGUUCUGUUUGUUUUUCUUCUUUGAGGUUACUUUAGCAGUAUGAGCAUUAUAUUUUAGUUGCAGUUGAAUGUGAUUAGGUGCCUGAUGGGGCUCAAACUUGGAACUGUAGUUCCAUAAAAAAUUUGGAGCUGGAUAUAGAACCAAGCUUUAUGCACUCAAGCGCUUAGAUUUCUUAAUGUAACCUACAAAACUAAAAUUGAAUAACUUUUCUUACCUUGGCUAUUUACUUCCCAUUUUUAUGCUGUGUUUAGAAAUUUGGUUCAGUGAGGUGUAAAAUUGUACAACUGGGAGCAUCAUGAAUAAAGUAGGUCCCAAAAAUACAUGGAGUGAAUGCAGGGCCAAGAAUCAGUGUGGGAUUGAAGAGUAAGUAGAGGACAUUGUUAGAUGUGUGUAUGUAUGUACAUAUAAGGAAGCAUGCAAUGACCAUGUUCUUAGAGUUAUGAAAAAUAGAUAUUGUUUUCAUUUUGAAAUAGGAAUUCUCAGUUGAUCCAAAGUUUAGAGGCAUAUGCCCUUUAUGUAGUCGCUCCCGGAGACUUCAUAACUUGCCCAAAGUAAUAUGUUUACCAACCAUUUUUAAAUAAUUGGGAAUUUUGAAAAUUUGUAACUCCUUUGUAGGCUUAUUUUGUCUCGGCAAAUCAAUUUCUAAUUAAGAUUUCUUAAGCAGUACCUGGAAGAACUGUCCUCAGCCAUGUGAUUGAUUCUCUUUAUUGAAUAUGGAGAGUAGCAUAUAUGAAAGAAUAGAGAAAGAAGCCUGAUGUAAUAGGAAGGAGAUUUACUUAAAAGAACAGGGAAAUUGAACAGUGUUCCAACUGGAUAAAGUAAUUUGAAGCUGUUUUAAUUCCCUUUUUCUCAUUUUGAGAACUAGUGCAGCAUUGCCAUUUGUUGGCACAAGCUAAGAAUUUCUGUUCCUGAGAAUCUAGCAGUGAUACCACUUUCAGUAUAGUAAAAAUCCAUAGUAAAAGUAGUCAUUUAUCAUCUACAUUAUUGCACAUGGGACUUUCUAGGGAUGGAUGUCAGUGAUCCGGUGGAAGAGGGGGAAAAAAAUUGUGUGUCUGAGGCAACUUCCACAGAAGUUUCAAGGUGAAAUGCCAGCAUGUGCCAUCAGGGCUCCCUACCAAAGCAAAAUAAGUUACAAGCUACUCAAUACCAUUCUCUGAUUGCAACAAACCUUUCCUUGACUUAACCAUGAUAGUUACUAAGGUAAUUAUGAUAUCAUUCCACAAAAUGUUUUUCUGUGAAUUUGUAAUCCAGUUAGAAAAGAGAAAUCUUCAUUUUAUUAACUCUUCCUGUUCCCAAUUACUUUAGAACUGUCAACUUGUUUGUGCAAUUUGAAAUUGUUUCAUGUUUGUUCCCUUUUUUUUAAAACAUGCUGGAACUUUCUCCAGAUCCCUCUGCUUUUAUUCUAAAGCUAAUUAAUACUCUACUUUGCUUGCUUUUAUCUAAAAAGAAUUAGUUUGCUUUGAAAGACUGGUGCUAGACUAAGUCUGUUUAGAAAAUAAGAGCAUAUUGAGUUCUCUGCUUUCUCUUUUGUGAGUAUAUUAUUCAAAAUGACCUCUAUAAUGUAAAUGAGAUGGUGAGGUUUACAAUAAGCUCUACUUAUACCAUGGUCAUAAAUUAAAUGCAAUUCUUGUCAUAAAGCCGUUUUCACACAACUUGUUUUAUAGGAAAGAAGCAUGUGGGAUUUGUACAGAUUUACCUGUAAGUAUUGGAUUGGGUAUUUUUGUGUAAAUUUUCUGAAAUAAAAUUUAGGGGAAACCA